UUUCUGGCCCCUAAGGGGGUGGUCUGGGCUCACCGGGGAGGACCUGGGGCUGAGAGGUGGUGUUGAAGGGGUCAGUCCUGGAUCAUGGGCAGCAAAGGGCAGGGCUUAUGCAGUUUCUAUUUCCUUGACUGGCAGCUCAGUGGGGCCCUCCCUCUUGGACAUUCCGGAAAGUGGUGUGGGUCAGGUGGGCGGGGUGAGCCACAAGUGCCAGAAUGCAGAUUGCAUAAAAGGCUGGAGGUUGUGGGGGGCAGGGGAAGAGAGUGAGACCAGGCCCAGGUCUGAAGUUUCAGCUUGGACACCGAGCCAAGCAGACAGGCAGCACAAGCUGGGAUAGGCCCCCAACCCCAGUUUCUCUCCUGCCUUCCAUUGCCAUGGGGAGCAAUCUCAGCCCCCAACUCUGCCUGAUUUCCUUGGUGCUGGGCCUCUUGUCUGGAGGUGGGAGCACACCACCAUUGCCUGGGGACAGGCCCCAAGGCACCUGCUCUCUGAAGGGAAUAGAGAUCAAAGGUGGCUCCUUCAGGCUUCUCAAGGAGGGCCAGGCACUGGAGUACGAGUGUCCCUCUGGCUUCUACCCGUACCCUGUGCAGGCGCGCACCUGCAGAUCCACGGGGUCCUGGAGCGCCCUGCAGACCCAAGACCAAAAGAUUGUCAAGAAGGCAGAAUGCAGAGCAAUUCACUGCCCAAGACCGCAGGAGUUUGAGAAUGGGGAAUACUGGCCCCGGGCCCCCUACUACAAUUUGAGUGAUGAGAUCUCUUUCCACUGCUAUGAUGGCUACACUCUCCGGGGCUCUGCCAAUCGCACCUGCCAGGCAACUGGUCGGUGGGAUGGACAAACGGCCAUCUGUGAUGAUGGAGCGGGGUACUGCCCCAACCCGGGCAUCCCCAUUGGCACAAGGAAGGUCGGCAGCCAGUACCGCCUUGAAGACAGUGUCACCUACUACUGCAACCGGGGACUCACCCUGCGUGGCUCCCAGCAGCGAACAUGCCAGGAAGGGGGCUCUUGGAGCGGAACAGAGCCUUCUUGCCAAGACUCCUUUAUGUAUGACACCCCUGAAGAGGUAGCCGAAGCCUUCCUGUCUUCCCUGACAGAGACCAUAGAAGGAGUCGAUGCUGAGGAUGGACAUAGCCCAGGGGAACAACAGAAGAGGAAGAUUGUCUUGGACCCCUCGGGUUCCAUGAACAUCUAUCUGGUGCUGGAUGGAUCAGACAGCAUUGGGAUCGGCAACUUCACAAGGGCCAAGAACUGUCUCAGAGACUUCAUUGAAAAGGUGGCAAGUUAUGGGGUGAAGCCAAAAUAUGGUCUAGUGACAUAUGCCACAAUCCCCAAAGUUUGGGUCAGAGUAAGAGAUGAUAACAGCAGCGAUGCAGACUGGGUCACAAGGACACUCAACCAAAUCAGCUAUGAAGAUCACAAAUUGAAGGCAGGGACUAACACCAAGCGGGCCCUCCAGGAAGUAUACAACAUGAUGAGCUGGCCAGGGAAUGCCCUCCUUGAAGGCUGGAACCGCACCCGCCAUGUUAUCAUCCUCAUGACUGAUGGCUUGCACAACAUGGGUGGGGACCCAGUCUCUGUUAUUCAUGAGAUCCGGGACUUCCUGUACAUUGGGAGGGAUCACAAAAACCCACGUGAGGAUUAUCUGGAUAUCUAUGUGUUUGGGGUUGGGCCUCUGGUGAACCAAGAGAACAUCAAUGCUUUGGCUUCCAAGAAGGAUCAAGAACAACAUGUAUUCAAAGUCAAGGACAUGGAAAACCUGGAAGAUGUUUUCAUCCAAAUGCUUGAUGAGACCCGGACGCUGGGGCUCUGUGGAAUGGUUUGGGAGCACAAGAAAGGCACUGAUUACCACAAGCAACCGUGGCAGGCCAAGAUCUCUGUCACUCGCCCUUUGAAGGGACACGAGACCUGUAUGGGGGCCGUGGUGUCUGAGUACUUCGUGCUGACGGCUGCACACUGUUUCACAGUGGAUGAUCAGGAACACUCAAUCAAGGUCAGCGUGGGAGGGAGGAAGCAGGAAUUGGAGAUACAGGAAAUCCUAUUUCACCCCAACUACAACAUCAAUGGGAAAAAAGCAGAAGGCAUUCAUGAAUUUUAUGACUAUGACAUGGCCCUUAUCAGGCUCAAGAAGAGGCUGACGUAUGACCAGACUGUCAGGCCCAUUUGUCUCCCCUGCACCCAGGGAACAAAUCAAGCUUUGAGGCUUCCACUGUCAACCACUUGCCAGCAACAGAUGCAAGAGCUGCUCCCUGCAAAGGAUAUCAAAGCUAUGUUUGUGUCAGAGUUAUCCAAAGAUGGGAAGAAGAUGCUAGUUCGGAAGGAGGUCUACAUCAAGAAUGGGGACAAGAAAGCCAGCUGUGAGAGAGAUGCUCGAUAUGCCACAGGCUAUGACAAAGUUAAAGACAUCUCUGAAGUGGUCACCCCCAGAUUCCUUUGCACUGGAGGGGUGAAUCCUUAUGCUGACCCCAAUACUUGCAGAGGUGAUUCUGGUGGUCCCCUGAUUAUUCACAAGAGGAGUCGUUUCAUUCAAGUCGGCGUGAUCAGCUGGGGUGUCGUGGAUGUCUGCAAAGACCAGAGGCGGUGGCAGCAGGUGCCUGCGCAUGCCCGAGACUUUCACAUCAACCUCUUCCAAGUGCUGCCCUGGCUCAAGAACAAACUCAAAGAUGAGGGUUUGGAUUUUCUGUAAGGGGUUUCCUGCUGGAAAGGGGUAUGAGAUCAAAUUAAAACAGCUGCGACAAUA